CUCGUCGCCAUUGCUGAGAGAGUGCUCAGCUGGGUCAGUUGUUCAUUCACUGCCUAAGAAGCUGACUGCAUCUCUCCAUCUCCAUCCAUCCAUCCAUCCAUCGACGAAAAGUUCUUGAUCGUCCUUGAUCCACGAGUUACUUGAAGAACCAUGGCCAGCAGACAUUUGGGCUCGCAAUUGGUGCGCUCGUUCGCCACCAGCUCGGCCUCAGCCUCGGCGGCGAUGGUCAAACCGCCCAUCACCGUGUUCGGCACAGAGGGUCGCUACGCCAUGGCCUUGUUCUCGGCCGCCUCUAAGAACAAGGCUUUGGAUGCGGUGGAGAAGGAUAUGGACACGUUCCGGGCUCAACUCAAGAAGGACACGCGUUUGAACGAGUUCCUCUUCGAUCCCUCGGUUCAAAAGAGUUUGAAGGCCAAAGGUCUGGCCGGAGCUUGUGACAAGCUCAAGAUGAAUGAGCUCUCCAAGAACUUGUUCUUGACCAUGGCUGAGAACGGCCGUUACAGCUACUUUGGGGCGGUGGCCACGGCCUUCAAGACCAUCAUGUCGGCUCACCGAGGCGAGAUCACCUGUGAGGUCACCACGGCCAAGCCAUUAGAUGCCGCCAUGACCAAGGAAGUCGAAACCGCUAUUGCCGGAUUUGUCAAGGCCGGACAAAAGAGCCAGAUCAACUACAAAGUGGAUCCUUCCAUCAUCGGAGGAAUGGUGGUGGCAAUUGGUGACCGCUUUGUGGACAUGUCCAUGGCCUCAAAGUUGAAGCGCUAUGAGGAGAUCAUCAAGUCGGCCGCCUAAACUAAUUUUCAACAUCAUAACGGAGUUGAGUCGCCUAUCCUCUUCUUCCUUUUGAAUGCAGUCCCGUUAAUAAAUGAUCUAGAUUUUAAGACCUA